AUGGCAGCACCACUCAACAAGCGUCAAGAUGGAGGUGUUGUAGGGCUUGUGAACAGUGUCACAGCUGAUGCUGUUCAGGGUACAGUUGAUGAGGCUAGUGAGCUUGGCCAUGGUGCUAUUAACGGUAUUUUCCAUGGUACUGGUCCGGAUGGUGAAGCCCCUAGCAGAGUCAAGCGUCAAGAUGGAGGUGUUGUAGGGCUUGUGAACAGUGUCACAGCUGAUGCCGUUCAGGGUGUAGUUGAUGAGGCUAGUGAGCUUGGCCAUGGUGCUAUUAACGGUAUUUUCCAUGGUACUGGUCCCAAUGGCGAAAGCUCUUCUUCCGAAUCAUUCAAUAUUAUCUUAAACAUGAAGAUCCAGGCUCUCUGUUCGCUCGCUGCUGUUGGUGUUGCCUUCGCCAACCCAAUCAACAACCUCGCAGAGCGCGGUGACAGUUUCACCAAAUGUGUCACGGGUGUGGUAGAGAAAGGAACCAACCAAGCGUGUACGACCAUUCCCGGUGCAUGCAGCGCGCUGGACGCGUUCACAUCAUGUACCACCGAUGCUACUGAAAAAUUCACCGAUCUUGAGGAUCAUAUUCAGCGUCGCUCAGAAUGGCUGGAGUCUGUGAACACUUGUGGCCAGAACUUAUGGGAAGGUGUGAAGAAUGCGGGUGUAUCAGAUGCUGAUCUGAACACACUGCAAGUGUCAUUUUUGGAGAUCACGACUGAGAGUGUGUCUAGCUGCUUUAACAAGGCAUAG